UAAUAUAUAGUCUCAGUGAUUUUAUCACAUAUUACGACACAAGCCAACGAAUAUGUUAUAGGCGAAUUAUAUCGAUCUUACGCAUUGAUAAAUCUCAAGAUAGAUGUAUCAAGAUCGAACGUAUUCUUAAAUUUAAUUCAUUGCCUCCUAUGCUCAAAUCCCAACAAAGAAAAAUUGCUUCUCAUAAAGGAUAUCUGUGGAUGACUGAUGAAAUGCUUGUCAUAAAUCCUGCAAAGAUUAAAUCCAAAGUUGAUAUUUGGUUAAUUGAUGUUAACAAGCCUAAUAACUAUCAAUACGUUAUAUCUGAAAUUGUUCCAUUUCGUAUUGCAUAUCACGCCAUCGGUGGCCUCUACUUACAAAUUGGUAAUAUGAAACAAAUGCUUCGUCAAAAGCUUAAAAAUCACUUUCUUCUUAGUUUUAUCCCAUUCGUAGCAACGAGUGAUGAAGUACUCCAACCACUUAUUAAUGAUAUUCAGGAUCUCGAACGUGAAUACGAAUUGAAAAUCGGUGUCAUUACUAGUGACUUACUGGAAGGUAAUGAACAGGCGGGAGUAAAGAAUCACAAUGCACAUCAUGGAUGCCGUAACUGUAUGAUUCAUCAUAGUAAAUUGAAUAAUGUUAGUUUUGAUACUGCGAGACAUAGUCGUUAUCAUCACAAAACCACAUUGCAAUUUUCUACCAUAAGGAAAGUUCAGACUCAAGCACAACGUGAUGCACUUGCUAUGCAAUACGGUAUACAAGAAAAUCCCUGUCUUUGA